GCGUAUGCAACACUUUCACAUAGGUGGGGCAUGGACGAGCCAACAUACGAAGGCUACAACCGCAUCCGCAGAGGUUGUGGCGCAGAUGCAUCGAAAAUGCUGAAACGAGCCACAGGACCGGGGUACGGAAAGCUAUUCAGCUUCUUGAAGGUUGCGCGGAAGACAGGGGUGCGGUUCGCGUGGUCCGACACUUGCUGCAUCGACAAGAAUAGCAGCGCCGAGCUUGACGAGGCUAUCCGCUCCAUGUUCCGUUGGUACCGGAACUCGUCGAUCUGCAUCGUCUAUCUUGCGCAAACUCAGAGUGCCCUCGAUAUGACCAAAGACCCCUGGUUUACGAGAGGUUGGACACUGCAAGAGCUCCUUGCACCUCGAAAGAUCAAAUUUAUGGCAGACAAUUGCGGACGGUCUUUACUUUUUCGUGCAGUCUCAACAGGCACCGGUAUCCCAAUCGAUGUCCUAACGAGUGUGUUCAUACCAAGCAGGAGGCGCGUCAAUGAAAUUAUGUCUUGGGCUGCCCACCGAAGAACUACGAGAGGAGAAGAUGCUGCAUACUCCCUCGUGGGCCUGUUUGAUGUCAGCUUGCAGACGGCCUACGGAGAAGGGGCAGUCAACGCCUUUCGUCGACUCUUUGAGGCAAUAGCUCGCCAUGCAGAGGACCCCUCGGUCUUG